UUGAUGUGAUGAAGUAUGGGAAUUGAGCGAUUUACAAAUGAUUUAAUAAUUAAUUUAUAAAUAAAUAAAAGCGCAAAAAUGGUUAUUUAUGGUGUCUAUAUAGUAAGCAAAUCCGGCGGUCUCAUAUACAAUUACGAUCACAACAUUCCUCGGAUAGAGACUGAAAAAACUUUUGGUUUUCCUCUAGAUAUUAAACUGCAAUAUGAAAACAAGAAAGUAGUUGUAGUGUUUGGCCAACGCGAUGGAAUAAAUGUUGGUCACGUAUUGCUAUCAGUAAAUGGGUCGCCUGUUACGGGGCGGACUACAGAGGAUGGGAAGGAUGUGUUUGAAUUAAUAGAAGCUAAGGAGAACUUUCCCUUAAGUUUAAAAUUUGGUCGCGUGAGAGCCACCACCAAUGAGAAGAUAGUGCUGGCGAGUAUGUUCUACCCCCUGUUUGCUUUGGCCAGCCAGCUCAGCCCUGUCCCCAAGUCUUCAGGGAUUGAAACACUCAUUGCUGAUACAUUUAAACUGUCUUGUUUUCAGACUUUAACAGGAGUGAAGUUCAUUCUAGUAACAGAUCCAAACAUGCAAGGCACUGAGGUGGUACUAAAGAGAAUUUACGAGUUGUACGCUGACUAUGCUCUCAAGAACCCCUUCUAUUCCCUCGAGAUGCCCAUCAGGUGCGAACUGUUCGAUACUUCUCUACACACAUUAUUGGAACUUGUGGAGAAAUCGGGAACUGCUAAUUUAUAGUUAUCUAUUUCAUUUGUAUAGAUUGAUGAUUGUUAAGCUGCUUAUUUUAGCCUGAAUGAUUUAAAUGUUAUGUAAAUAAAUAUGUUAGUUAUUUUUA